AAAGGUGCAGAAUGUACAGCUUCAUGGGAGGAGGGCUGUUUUGUGCAGGAGUGGGCAAUAUACUCCUGAUUGUUUCCACAGCAACAGAUUAUUGGAUGCAGUACCGUCAUUCAAACAACUACAUGCAUCAGGGGCUGUGGAGAUACUGCAUGCCUGGAAAAUGCUUCACACACACAGACAGCAUUGCAUACUGGGAUGCUACAAGAGCAUUCAUGAUCUUGUCUCUGUUGGCCUGCUUUAUUGGCAUCAUCGUCGGUAUUAUGGCUUUCAUCCAUUACUCCUCCUUUGACAGGUUUGAUAAAACCUUUGCUGCAGGCAUUCUGUUCUUUAUCUCAUGCUUUUUUGUAUUUCUGGCUAUGGCUGUUUACACUGGAGUUACAAUAAAUUACUAUGGUAAACGCUAUGGUAACUGGAGGUUUUCCUGGUCCUACAUCAUUGGCUGGGUGUCUGUUGUGCUCACUUUCUUUUCAGGAAUUUUCUAUAUGUGUGCAUACCGGAUGCAUGAAUGCCCCAGAAGUCCAAAUCCUCGUUAGAAGAAAGGCCAUUAUUACAUUCAAUGCUGGUUGCCAUUUUACUAUAAACAACCCGAGGUCAUGAAAAAAGAGCAAAUCAAAUUUUAAAUAAAGAAUUUGACAAUAUAACUAUGUGUAAAUGUAUUUUAUGCCAUUGACAAUAGCCUAAAUAAUUUUUUAAACAUUGUUCAAUUAAAGACAACACUGUGCCUGAGGAUUACUUGCAAAUAUAUCACUCAUUGAUCAAUAUCAAUUUUCUUUCUUUCUUUCUUUCUUUCUUUCUUUCUUUCUUUCUUUCUUUCUUUC